AUGUCACUAAGCAUCGACAGUCCCGCCGACAUGGAAUUAGGAACACACAACCUCACCAUCCAAACCUCAACAGACCGCAACUCAGUUGACGAAAAUGACAGCCCAGAUCAACCUUUUCUCAUCGCCCCCGACGAAGACUCAUGGCAUCCCCCACCCGGAUUCGCAUGGAUCCAAACCGCCAUCAUGACAAACGUCUCCCUCAACGGCUUCGACUACACCAUCACGGCUACCACCUACGCCACCAUCAGCUCUGAAUUUGACGCCGCAAACACUGCCUCCUGGCUAACAACGUCGUACCUCAUCACUGCGACCGCCUUCCAACCCCUUUACGGACGUGUCUCCGACAUUUUCGGCAGACGCAUAUGCUUCUUCACGUCCACCGUCACCUUUGCAGCCGGCUGUCUAGGAUGCGGGAUAGCCAAAAACAUCAUCUUUCUAAAUGUGAUGCGUGCGCUGACAGGGUUCGGAGGCGGUGGUCUAAUGACAAUGGCAACAAUCGUCAACUCGGACAUGAUCCCCUUCCGCAAGCGAGGCAUGUACCAAGCUAUGCAGAAUGGCGUAUUCGGAUUCGGUUCCAUUGCAGGUGCUUCGUUCGGCGGCGCCAUAGCGGACCACAUUGGCUGGCGGUGGUGUUUUCUCGCUCAAGUCCCUCUUUCUGUCAUGGCGUUCGUGGUAGGCUGGUAUGUAUUGAAGGACCAAGAGGGUUCGUUUUCCAUCGACCAGGGUCUAAGUACGGCGUGGAAACGGGUUGAUUUCUCCGGAGCCUUGUUGCUGGUGGCAGCUAUUUCGAUACAGUUGCUGGGUCUUAGUUUGGGCGGCAACGAGCUUCCCUGGACGAGUCCCUGGGUGGUGGGCUCAUUGAUCGUGAGUGUGGCUUUGUUUGCUGCCUUUUUGAAGGUGGAAGCUGAAACGGGUGCGAUGCCUGUUAUCCCACUGCGUAUGCUGAGAGGUCGAUUGCCGGUGUUUACGCAAAUCGCCAAUGUGUGUGCUGGGAUGGCUGCCUUUGGGUAUCUGUUUAUGCUCCCUCUCUUCUUUCAAGUGGUCUUACUCGAUUCUGCGACCAAGGUUGGCGCUCGGCUUGCCAUACCCUCACUUGCUACACCGAUAGGAGGUCUCAUCGCCGGCAUCGUCAUGUCUCGCUGGGGCCAACUCAUACCGUUGGUGCGAACAGGUGUACUCCUCAUGGCAUUUGGAAACGCACUAGUCACGUCAUUUGGAUUCGAAGACGCAGCGUGGAAGUACAUCGUGUACAUUUUUCCCGCCAACCUCGGCCAGGGCAUUGUAUACCCUGCCAUCCUGUUCACUUCGCUGGCUUCGUUUCCCCACGGAGACCACGCCGUGUCGGCAUCAACGACAUAUCUCAUCAGGUCCCUCGGCACAGUCUGGGGCGUCUCUGUAACCUCUGCCAUUGUGCAAACCACGCUCAGUGUCCGGCUACCGGAUGCUUUGGGCGAGAUAUCAGAUAAAAGGAGCGUCAUUGACGAGAUACGACAUUCUGUGGAUGCGUUGAAAAAGUUGUCUCCGGAGUUGCAGCUUCGAGCAAGACAUGUGUACUAUGAUGGGAUUCGGUAUGGGUUUAUGGCGUCUACGGCGAUGGCGGUGCUGGGGAUUUGUGCGGCGUUUGUUGCGAAUGGGAGGCAGUUGCGUAAGACGCAUGGUAAGAGAGUUGGUCUUGACAAGGCUUUAUUUCAAGUAGAGCAGGCUGUCAAGCGGGCCAGAAGUGGCCGGCAGCAAAGCAAUGAAGAUGACAAGGCAUUAACGCAAAUGAGAGCCCUCAUGGGACAACUGGAUGGCAACGAGUGGUCACCAGGUCAAGCAUCGAAUAACCAUGGAAGCGCCGAAGCCGAAGUUUCAUCGAGUGACGAUGGCGAAAAUGGAGAGGACACCACUGACCAGACGUCCAUGUCGGAUUUCGCACAACGCACAGAGGAGAGCCUGGCUGUUGACGACGCCGAAAACCCGCUCCAGCUGCUUGCCCGGGCAUCUUAUUUUCAACCAUCCCGAGAUGUUCCAAGUCGCAGCUCACCGCAGAACUCGCGAAGACGCGGUGGCGCAACCUCAGGCGGAAGCACUGAGUCGUCGAGCCUGGAGGCCUUCUUCUCGGGAGCCAAGGUGAAUCUUGAUGUGGGCAGCGAUAUCGACCCCUUUGAGCUAGGACUGAUCUCCGAGGAGGAGGGAGAUUCUCUCUUUACCUACUUUCAUGCGAAUCUCGCUCAUACGCGUUGGGGUCUCGAUUCGACCCUGCACACAAUGGCUUACACCCGCUCCAGAUCAGCCUUUCUCUGUACCUCUAUCCUCGCGGCAUCUGCGUUGUUCUUACCUACGGCCUCGGCAUUAUCAAAACGACUGUCAAAUCAUGUAAAUACGUUGGCACACAGAGUCAUAUUGCGCAGACACAAGUCUAUUGAAAUCGUUUUAGCAUUCAUGAUCAAUAUCCCAUGGAUGUUUCCAGGUCAGCAUAGUACCGACGACGAGGCUUGCGUAUACAUAUCCAUGGCUACCAGCGUUGCCAUAGAUUUGUCUCUGCACAAGGUCAUUGUUCCUACUGAGGUUUUACAGCAGGGCUCAAAUUUGGCCCUCGCAAGAGGCGAGUGUUUGGACAGUCGAACAGCCCUGGCCAUGGAUGGGUAUCCGGAUCUAGAUCCUUGGACGGACAAGGCCAAGCGUCUACUGCGAAAUAGGGAACGUUGCUGGAUAUCUCUUUUCGUUCUCGAGCGAGGCAUGUCUCUAGCUCGUGGCCGCCCUUUCGUCGUGCCCGUCACAAGACUAGUCAAGGACUGCGACAGCUGGUAUCGGUCCGCGGUUGGCGACCCUCAGGAUGGCCCGCUGGUGUCAAUGGCUGUGCUACGACGAGACUUGGACGGUCUUUUCUCAACAGUUCGAGCCCUUUGUGAUGGGUCACAGAAUCCAGUUAGCGACGGAUCUCUAAUUGCUCAAUCAAUCCAAGGCGCGAUCGAAAGAUUCUUCGACCAGUGGUAUACUGAAUGGGGAGUGUCUAUUGGCAUUGGGCCACAGCGCCGCCUGCCCCCAUAUGUCGACAUCCUCGUCACUCACACCCGGCUCUCAACGUACGGCGGCGUAAUCAAUCACCCCACAGCUCCCAUCGAAGUCAGACGAUUCUUCCGUACGGCCGGCUUGUCGUCGGCUCUGAAUGUGAUGAGGGCAGCCAUCCAGGGCGAGGCCCAAUUACAUUCCAUGCCGAACAACACCGCCAUUAUGAUUUCAUUCGCUGCUUGUUUUGCAUUGACACUCAGCGCAUACACUUCAGGUGGCUCUACUUUGGCGCCGAGUAUUCGGAAACUUAUCGACGAAGCUGCUGGUGUCCUUGAACGAAUAGGUACCAUAACGCAACAUAGAAACGGUCUUUCGGCAUUAUACGGAAAAUACUUGAGACAAAUUGUGCGAAAAGCCGCCAAACAAACUGCAGCAACUUCAUCCACUGCGCCACAAAACCUGACCUCUCCUGCUGUACCCGAAGUGCAAUCUAUGGGUGCACCAGUUUCCACACCAAACAGUACCAGCUUCCUGAAUCAGCAAAUCCUGUGGCCCGAGCCUCUUCAAUUCUCUGCAAUGUCAGAUGAUCAGAUUGACCAGGUGCUCAACCAGCCCGGCAAUGAGUUUGAGCCUUCGUUUGGCGGGCUGUCUUGGGAGGAUAUGAACAACUUUGAUUGGCUGCACUGGCCAGAAUUCGUGGGAUAG